AUGACCUCCUUCCUCAGCACAGAAAACUACCAGGUCUUCCGCGAGUGCCUGUCCACGGCUAUCGUGGAGAGAUUCUCCGCCCCCGCGCAGCCCAAGAAAGCUCGGCGCACUCGCGGCGCCGUGUCGCAGCGCCAGAAGACGCGCAAGGAGACUGCGGGGACUUCCGCUGCUGCUGCUGACGCCUCGCAAUGUCUCCCUGACCGUGCGAGUCCGGAGGAAUUGGCCGAGUUUAUUGAUGUACCCCGCGGAGCAUCACAAUCACAAUCACAAUCACAAUUGAACCUAACAGAGGAGAAACAGUUCCUCGCAACCGAAACCUUCCCCGCCCUGCCCCCCUCCAUCCAAACCCUAACCUACACUCCACCACCACCACCACCGCCGCCAACAACAACAUCAUCAUCAUCAUCAUCAUCAACGACAACAACAACAAUAACAACUUCCUCAGAAACCGACCCCCAAACCCUCGCCUCAACCCUCUGCACCACCACCCUCCCCGCCACCGUCCACGACACCCUAACCACCUACGCCAUCCUCGCCGACCAACCCGAAGAAAACGAAGAAGCCCUAACCACCUUCUUCACCCCGAUCCUAACCGAGUACCUCGCCGCCGUGACGCGCCCGCCCCCGGUCUGGGCGACGACCCGCACCGACAGCUGCGAGAUCUGCGGCCGCGACUGGAUCCCGCUCAGCUACCACCAUCUCAUCCCGCGCAGCGUGCACGCCAAGGUGACCAAGAAGGGGUGGCACCCGGAGUGGAUGCUCAACAGUGUCGCGUGGCUGUGUCGCGCGUGCCACAGCUUUGUGCACCGGAUGGCGAGCAACGAGGAGCUGGCCAGGGAGUGGUUUACUGUGGAGCGGAUCUGCGAGCGUGAGGACGUGAGGGUUUGGGCGGGCUGGGUGGGGAGGGUGCGGUGGAAGAGUCGAUAG